GGCUGAAGCAGCCUAACCACGAAGAACUUGUAUCGAGCGUCAGCUGAGCCUCAUGCCUUGAGGUAGUCUCUCAAAAUAGAUCAGGAAAGGAUAGGUGCUACCUGUGUGCAAGGCCAGGACUCGGUGCUCACAGACCCAAACCAACAAACACUAGGCGCCUAUUUUGUGUACCGUGCUGGGGUGCAGAGUUUUAUGCACUCAGACCAAGAAACGAUGGGUGUCAACGGUGUGCUUGGCUGGGACACAGUACGCUCAGACGGAAACCUAUAAACACUGGGCGCCAACUGAUUGUCCUGUGCUUUGGAGGUUCCUAGCAUGGAAGUGGACCACAGGCGCAGGGAAUCUGGGCUUUGGAGACAACAGACACUGAAGGCCUCCCUCUGCACCUGCGGGACAUGGGUGGGGAGGAGUCCGUGACUUUAGGACCGUGGCACAGGGUAGAUGUAGGCGGAUACAGACCCGAGAUGCUCUUAGAGGGGUGUGAUAAGAUCAAUGUACACAUAAUUAGGGUGAAGACUGAAAGUUGGCCAGGCUAGUAGUAUGUAGCUGAGACUUAGUCCUGUAGGACAUCUCAGCCAUGUCCCUUCACUUCUUAGAGGAUCAGAGUUCUCACAAUAAAAUGGGGGUAAACCCUACAGCCAUCUGGAGAAUUUCAAUCUCAGGACUACUCACUGAGCCAGACACAAUUCCUGCCCCACAGUCGGGGCAGGGGGCAUGUGAGGGGAGGGAAGCAUACAGAAAUUAUAGAACAAGCAACUAUUGAAAUUACAGAAUUAUAGAAAGUAAACCAUAAAAGAUUACCUUAGCUGGCAUUUGGUGCUAUUAUGGGUGAUGGACGUGGGGGACCAGGGUCAGUGUGGUUCCCUUCGGGAGACCAAUAGAAUAGGGUGAGGCCUACUUUCUCUUUAGGUUCUAUGGACGUCCUCCAUGUUUGAAUUUUUACUAUAAGAAUGUGUUCAUGUAUUGAGGGAUGAAGAAAUUAAAAGAAAAAUCAGUUCCUAGGACAGUGUGAUGCAUGCUGGGCUAGAACAAGGACAGCAGAACUGUGGGGACCCAGAGAUGACCCAGGCAGUAGGAACUGCAUUUACAAAGCCCUGGGGGAAGAGAGGUCUUCGAGGAUUCACAGAAGUUCAUGUGAGUGAGGAGCUAGAGAUGAGACUUGUGAACUUUAUCUUGGAAUCACUGUGGAGCUGAGAAAGGGUUUUCAGCAGGGGAGCAGCACAAUCUGAUGUAUGUUUUAUAAAGUUCACUCAGGCUGCUCUGAGGACACACUGGAGGGGGCCGGAGUGGCAGCAGGGAGGUGAGUGAAGUAGCUGCAGUUGUCCUGCUGAGAACUGAUGGUGGCCUGAGCCAGGGGGACACCUGCGGGAUGGAAGAAAGUGGAUCUGAGAGAGGCAGUGGAGGCAGAAUAGGCUAGACUUGCUGAAGGACUAGAAGUGAGGAGGGGGCAGGGAAACAGGUUGGGGAAAGAAUAAAGGGGUGCCCCAGGGGCUGUGGCUGGGUGGACAUUAGUGCUUAUUCUUGUUGAUGAGGAUUACUGAAAGAGGUUAAACUGAGGGUUGAGGGUGACACACUUAGCUUGAUCUCAAUUUUAGACAGGCAGCAUUUUUAAAAAGACUAUUUUUUACUUUUAGCAGCUUUAGGUUCACAACAAAGUUGAAAGGAAGGUACAGAGAUUUCCUGAAUAGCCUCUGACCUCACACAUGAUUAGCCUCCCCCAUUAUCAACAUAAUUCGCCAGAAUGGUACAUUUGCUACCAAGGAUGAAUCUACAUUGACAAAUCAUAGUCAUCCAAAGUCAAUGGUUUUUCUUAAUGUUCACUCUGGGUGUUGCACAUUCUAUUGGACAAAUGUACAAUGACAUAUAUCCAUCAUUACAAUAUCAUCACAGAGUAUUUUCACUGCUCUAAAAAUCCUCUGUGUUCUGUCUGUUCAGCUCUCUCCCAAAACCCCCGGGAAUCACUGAUCUUCUGAUUGUCUCUAUAGUUUUGACAGACAGUAUUUUUUUAAUCAAAAUUUAAAAAAAAAUUUAAGAUUUUAUUUAUUUGACACAGAGAGAGCGAGCGAGAGAGCGUGCACAAGUAGGGGGAGUGACAGGCAGAGGAAGAGGGAGAAGCAGGCUCCCCGCUAAACAGAGAGCCCGACAUGGGGCUCAAUCCCAGGACCCCUGGGAUCAUGACCUGAGCCGAAGGCAGACACUUAACCACCUGAGCCACCCAGGCACCCCUUGAAUCAAAUUUUUUAUUUUGAGAUCAUUGUGUUUUUUUCUGUAUAUUCAUAUAUGCCCUUUACCUAGUUUCCCUCAAUGUAACAUUGUGCAAGACUAUUUUAUACCACAACAUACAGAACAGUUCCAUCGCUAUAAAAGGCUGCAUUUUGGUAGCCAUACCCACCUCCUUCCCCUCUCCCUGUCAUCCCUGAUGUCUGUCAACCACUAAUCUGUUCUCUGGUUCUAAAAUUUUGUCAUUUCAAGAAUGUCAUGUAAAUGGAAUCGUAUAGUUUAUGACUUUUGAAAUUGGCUUUUUUCCACUUAUCAUAAUUCCCUGGGGUUUCACCCAAGUUAUUGUGCAUAUCAGUAGUUCGUUCCUUUUUAUUACUGAGUUGUAGUCCAUGGUAUGGAUGUAUCACAGUUUAACUAUUCACCCAUUGAAGAACAUCUGAGUUGUUUCCAGUUUUUUACUAUUAUGAAUAAAACUGCUGUGAAUACUCAUGUACAGAUUUGCAUACAAAUGCUAAUCUACUCACAGUUUUGCCUAAAAUAGGAGAAGAUUUACUGAAGCUCAUCCAGGGGAGCAAACCCCAGGUUUGGGACUCUAGAUUUUGGGGAGAACUAGACGGGAGGUGAAUGAGUCUGCCCAGGGAGAAGAGAGAGAAUCCAGACUGAAGGAACCUUUCAAAACAAACAUUUAGGGGAUGGACAGAAGAGAGCAGAGCAGUCUGUGAAGGAGUGAGCAGAGAGGUGGGAGAAGACCCAGGAGGGAGGUAUCCUAGAGUCAGAGAAGGAAUGUCUCAGGAAGGAAUGUCCGAUGCUGCCAGGCAUUCUUUGGUGAUUUUGGUGGAAUGCUGGGGGCUUAAGCCCCAUGAGGUGAGUAGAGGAUGAUUGGGAGAUCAUAGAGGAGAUAGAAGGAUGAUUCAUGUUGAAGGGAGAAGAGAUAGGAACACGGGUUUAAGAGCGGGCAUUCUAAAGAGACCUGAGCAUGUGUAGCUGUUGAUGGGAAGGAGAGGUUGCAGGCAUACUGUGAAGAAAGGGACCAGUUGGUGGAGAGUGGUUUCUGAGGGAGCAGGAGGGGUUGGAGGGAAGAGCUGGCCUCAGGAGAGACACAGUAUGCAUUGUGAGAAGAGAAAAUACAAAUUCACUUCGGCUGCAGCAACUAAUGGUUCUAAUUUCCGUUGCCUUUAGAAGCUGGAGCAGGUGUCCAGGUAAAAGCUGAGAGGUUGGAAGCAGAGCAUUGGCUGUGGGGACAGAGAGAAGGAGGCAUCCUCUGGGUUUUUUGGGAGGGAGGCAGUGUGCUUUGGUGCCCACUUAGAUGUGAGGAGACCUGUCCUCCAGCUGGUGACAUGGCUAGACAGUGUACUACUGUGAACCUCAGCAGCAGUGACAACUGAUUGGAAAACACGGAAGUACUCAGCCUCUCACGGGUGCCCUGACCGUAAAUUCAGAUUACACUGUUUACUGAGGAACUGAAAAGAGCAAUACAACGUUGGAAAACAAGGGAAGCAAAGACGCCCAAGUGCAAACAGAUUUGUGGGAUUUGUAGGGUAGGAUGGGAAGACUCGGUAACAUGAUUUGUGGAGGGGCUUAUGAUUUAGGACCAUACUGUUCCCUGAGGAAGAGAGAAGUCCAGUCUAGCAGUGGUUUAAACAGGGUAGAGGUUUAUUUCUCUCUCUCUCUCUUUUUUAAAGAUUUUAUUUAUUUAUCUGACAGAGAGAGAGAGAGCAUUUAAGUAGGCAGAGUAGGAGGCAGAGGGAGAGGGAGAAGCAGGCUCCCCACUGAGCAGGGAGCUGGACGUGGGGCUCAAUCCCAGGACUCUGGGAUCAUGACCUGAGCCGAAGGCAGCCGCUUAACCAACUGAGCCACCCAGGUGCCCCUAGAAGUUUAUUUCUCUAUGGGAAAUUUCUGUAUGGGAGUCCAGAGGAAGACGGUCCAGAGCUCCAAGGAUGGCUGUGUUCUACAAGGUUCUCAGAGGCCCAGGAUCUUUCCAGCUUUUGCCCUGCAAUUCCUAGGGAAUGGACAAUCAGACCGUCCUGGCGGUCCAGUCAUUGUUGGAUGGCCAAGGAGCAGUCCCUGAUCCAACAGGCCAGAGUGUCAGUGCACCUCCUGCUAUCCAGCCACUGGAUGAUGAGGAUGUUUUUCUCUGCGGGAAGUGUAAGAAGCAGUUCAACUCACUGCCGGCAUUUAUGACCCACAAGCGGGAACAGUGCCAUGGGAAUGCCCCGCCCCUGGCCACCGCCUCAUUGGCCACUAACAGCAUCUACACGCCUUCGGCAGCCCCCACAGCGGUCCAGCAGGCCCCACCUCCUACUAAUCGCCAGAUCUCCACGUACAUUACAGUGCCCCCAUCCCCGCUGAUCCAGACCCUGGUGCAGGGGAACAUCUUGGUGAGUGAUGAUGUGCUCAUGUCUGCCAUGUCGGCCUUCACAUCCCUGGACCAGCCCAUGCCCCAGGGCCCCCCACCUGUGCAGAGCAGCCUGAACAUGCAUUCUGCACCCAGCUACCUCACCCAGCCUCCACCACCUCCUCCCCCACCUCCACCACUGCCCCCACCCCCGCCGCCCCAGCCCCCACCGCCCCCAUCCCAGAGCCUGGGCCCCCCUGGGCGUCCCAACCCUGGCGGAAAUGGCGUGGUGGAGGUGUACAGUGCCACGGCGCCCCUGGCUGGGAGCGGCACGGUGGAGAUCCAGGCAUUGGGAAUGCAGCCCUACCCACCCCUGGAGGUGCCAAACCAGUGUGUGGAGGCUCCAGUAUACCCCACCCCUCCGGUGUACAGCCCUGGCAAACAGGGAUUCAAACCGAAAGGACCAAACCCAGCUGCCCCCAUGACCAGCGCCACGGGGGGCACAGUGGCCACCUUUGACUCCCCACCAACGCUGAAGACUUGCCGGGCAAAAGGGGCCAGUGGACUCCCAGAAGCUGCAGGGAAGCCAAAGGCUCAGAAACUCAAGUGCUCAUACUGUGACAAGUCAUUCACCAAAAACUUCGACCUGCAGCAGCAUAUCCGAAGCCACACCGGUGAGAAGCCCUUCCAGUGCAUUGCAUGUGGCCGUGCCUUUGCCCAGAAAUCUAAUGUCAAGAAACACAUGCAGACUCAUAAGGUGUGGCCUCCGGGGCGUAGCGGUGGCACUGUCUCCCGCAACUCUGUGACUGUACAGGUCAUGGCCCUCAACCCCAGCAGGCAGGAGGACGAGGAAAACACAGGGUUGGGUCAGUCCCUGUCAAGUGCCCCACAACCCCAGGCCUUGCCUGCCGCAGGUGAGGAUGAAGGGGACAAGCUGGAGGCCAAGCAGGUCGUCUUCAUUGACAGCUCCUAUCUGUGCCAGUUCUGCCCCAGCAAGUUCAGCACCUACUUCCAGCUCAAGUCCCACAUGACCCAGCAUAAGAAUGAGCAGGUUUACAAGUGUGUGGUGAAAAGCUGUGCGCAGACGUUCCCAAAGCUCGACACAUUUCUGGAGCACAUCAAGAGCCACCAGGAGGAGUUGAGCUAUCGCUGCCAUCUCUGUGGCAAGGACUUCCCCUCGCUCUAUGACCUGGGCGUGCACCAGUACUCCCACAGCCUCCUGCCGCAGCAAAGCCCCAAGAAGGACAGCGCGGUCUACAAGUGUGUCAAAUGUGUCAACAAAUACUCUACCCCCGAGGCCCUGGAGCACCACCUGCAGACCGCCACUCACAACUUCCCCUGCCCUCACUGCCAGAAGGUGUUUCCUUGCGAGCGCUACCUGCGGCGUCAUCUGCCCACGCACGGCAGUGGUAGCAGGUUCAAGUGCCAGGUGUGCAAGAAGUUCUUCCGGCGGGAGCACUACCUCAAACUGCAUGCUCACAUCCACUCGGGUGAGAAGCCCUACAAAUGCUCUGUGUGCGAGUCUGCAUUCAACCGUAAAGACAAACUGAAGAGACAUAUGUUGAUCCAUGAGCCAUUCAAGAAAUAUAAAUGCCCCUUCUCGACACACACGGGCUGCAGUAAAGAAUUCAACCGGCCAGACAAGCUGAAGGCUCAUAUCCUCUCCCACUCUGGCAUGAAGCUCCACAAGUGCGCGCUGUGCAGCAAGUCCUUCAGCCGCCGUGCCCACCUCGCGGAGCACCAGCGUGCCCACACAGGUAACUACAAGUUCCGCUGUGCCGCCUGUGCCAAGGGCUUUUCCCGACACAAAUACCUCAAGGAUCACCGCUGCCGCCUUGGCCCCCAAAAGGAUAAGGACCUGCAAGCCCGGCGGCCCUCCCGGAGGAGGGCAGCACCCCGCAGUGGCAGUGGUGGCGGGCGCAAGGUGGUGACUCCCCUGCCCGACCCGCUGGGGCUGGAGGAGCUGAAGGACACCGGGGCCGGGCCGGUGCCCGAGGCCGCCCCAGGCAAGCCGCCCUUCUCGGAGCCAGAUGCAGUGCUGUCCAUCGUGGUGGGGGGCACGGUGGGGGGCGAACCGGAGCUGGUAGUGCCCGGGCAUGCAGAGAGCCUGGGCUCCAACCUGGCACUGGCAGAACUGCAGGCAGGGGCCGAGGGCCCAUGUGCCAUGCUCGCUGUGCCCGUCUACAUCCAGGCCUCAGGGGCCGACGAGAGGUCCUUCCCAAUGGAAGUGAGCCAUUGGCCAAAAUCCUUCUGGAGUGUCCUAUGAACCCUGGCUGUGGCCAGCCUGCUGUGGCUCCUAUUCUGCUGGCUAGCCCUGCCGCAUUCUGGAAUGUGAGGCAGGGCUGCCUACAGCUUCCAGGUAGGGGCACUGGAGAAAAGAGAGCUGGCCAGGCCAGCAGCCCAGGGUCUGGCUGGUCCAGGCUGGUGUCAGCCCACCUAAGAGAGAAGACAGGGUGGUCCUGCCCACCCCUCCUCCAGGCUGUCUUGGUGUGACCUCUGGUCAAGCUGCUUUUCUGGAGGCCUGAAAUGGGUAGAGCCCUUAUCUGCUGGACCUUUUCCUAUACAGUUCCCCGUGGUUUCCACAGAUGACUCUGUGCUGUAGGCAUUUAGGCGGCACUCAAGUGUCACGGCUAGAGUGCAGCUGUCAGUCAGAUUUGGCUUCAAAUCUAAGCACUGCUACUCACUUGCUGUGUGACCUUGGGUAUGUCACUUUACUUCUCUGAGCCCUCAUCUGUACGUUUCUCAUCUGUACAAUGGGACAAACGACAUUUCAACCUCAUAGGGCUGUCAUGGGGAUCCAGUAUGGCGAAAUGUGCAAAGGACUUGGCAUAGUGCUUGGCACUUGGAAAGUACUGAAUAAAUGUUUUUAUGGAAAUGUGUGUCCAAUGGCUCAGGCCGGAGCCUUGGCAGUUUCCUUCUUUGCCCCUAGGUGGCAGCACUCCCUCCAAAGUGUGGGGGGACUGAGAGGUCCCAUGGCCCCUUGCACACAGCUAUGCUGCUCCAUUAGCCAUGAGAGGUUUGGUGCUCCCAUAUUUCAGAACAUGGCCAUGGAAAGGGUUUAUACUCACUUUUGAAAAUGCAGGAUCCUGGGCCUUGCCCCAAACCCUUUGGCAUCAGAAACUCUGAUCAGAGCCAGAGGUCCAUCUCAAGCAGGUCUCUAGAAUCCGUAGUUGCUCCCACCGCCAGCACUCUGUCCCCACUCCCCAGCUAGUCCAGAGGAGAAGCAAACCAGGCUUACUAGGAGGCAGGGAAGAGAAAAGGGGCCUUGGCCAGUGUUUCCUCAUUUCUAUUCACAGCCACACUGUCUCAGUGAUAGGAGACGAAACUGAGGCUCGAGAAGGGACAGGGCAGGAUGCAGCAGAUCUGUUGGACUCAGUUUGAUAUGUUCCCUUGAAGGCUGGCACGUCCCUCAGAUAUCUGUGCUGGGGCUCUGGGCUGGAGCUCAAAGCAAGCCCAACUUCCCCUCAGGAAGGGUAUGAUGCAGGAGGAAGGACCAAUGAGGAAGUGGUACACAGCUGAGGCGGUGAGAGCUGUUAAGUGCACCUAGCCUUCAAGGCCAGAGGAGGGAGUGGUGAGGACAGAAAGUCUCUUCGCGGGAGGUCACAUUUGAGCUGGUCCUUGACACAGAAUGUUUUGAUGGAUGGAUAAAUAGGGAAAGGCAUGUCAGGGAGAGCAAAACAUGAGCAAAGCCUUCAAGUUACGACAGUUCUGGGGCUGGUGAAUGAUCCAGGAUGACCAGAGAUCUGGGGGUAGUGGUUAGAUCAUAAUAAUCGCUAAUAUGUUUCAAGCUUCCACAUGAUGGACACUGCACAUAGCGCCUCAGCCCCAUCAGGUGAGAAUUGUUAAUUUCCUUAUUUUACAGAUGAGGAAACAGAGGCGCAGAGAGGCAGAGCUCCUUGCCCAAAGCUCACACAGCUAGUAAGUCACAGAGCUGGGAUUCGGGCUGGGGUGGCCUGCGUCUGUGUGCUGUUAGCCACUUUGCUGUAUUGAAAUAUAAGUUGAUGUUGAAUCAGAGAUAUCGUUGGAUGUUGGGUUAAGGAAUUUGGACUUUAUUCUCUACAAAAUGGAGGAGUCAUUAAACAUUUUUAAAAAUUGUGACAUUAAAGAAAAUGUUAAAAACGUCUCCAUCCUAAUAAAACUACUUAAGUUAUAUUUCUGUCUCUUUCUGCCUAUGUACACAUGCGUGUACAUUUAUCAAUAAUCAUGAGGACUUGUGUUUACUAGGCGUAAGUGCAUGUCCUAAGCACUUUGAGGUAGGUGCUACUUUUAAUUCCAUCUUACAGCUGAGAUGAGGCAAAAGGCACAGCGAGGUUAAGCGGCCCCAAAUCACACAACAGUAAGUGGUGGAGCCAGGCCACAAAACAAGGGAUAUGUCAAGGCCUAAAUUUGAUAGAUACAUAGUUGGACUGCAGGGAAGGAAGCUGGGACCAUAUUGGGGUUCCCAUAACUACAUCCCUCCUAGGUUGACAGAUGGGAAGACAGGCUCAGAAAGGGGAAGGCCCUUGGUCAAGGGUCACUCAAAGUUGUUGACAGAGCUGCUCCAGGAACCCAGAGUCCCCUAUAGGCCCCCCUCCGCAAGCUGCUGGAGAUGAUGAAGUGUAAAGAGGGGCUGUCCUGAGCCUCCAGGGUCCCACAGAUUUUGGCAUCGAGGAGAGCUAGUUUUGAAUCCUGGCUCUGUCCCUUCCCAGGUAUGUGGCUAUGGCAAGUCACUUCACCUCUCUGAACUUCAGUGUCUUCAUAUGUCGAAUCAGGGAGAAUAAUAGUACCUAUCCAAUAAGGUUAUCACAAUUCAGAGAAUUCAGGUAAAGCAGAGAUCACAAAUUGGCAGCCCAUGGGUUGCAUGCAGCCUAUAGACAAACUUCGUUUAGCUUUCACAAUGAAAAAAAAAGAAAAAGCCAACAUUUAAAAAUAAUGAAAUUAAAAACCUACCGCAAUGG